AUGGGCUCGAGUGUCACAAAGAGACGUGACAGAAGCUCGAGCUACAAAAGGUCAUCGUUGCAGAAACCUGAGCUACAAGCUCUGGUGCUACAAAGUUCAUCCCUUGAUGAGUGGGAAAUCGGUAGCCUUUUCUUCAACUCUGAAGAAAUGAGAAAUGAAACCAUUACAGGUGACAACCUAUUGGACGGGGUUUGGGUUCCAAACCUCUUCAAAUGGUGCUUCGGCGGCUGGACGAUAGCUUGCCAGCUAGCUCCCUUGAUCUAUUUAUCCAUGUAUGUGUACGGAAGCGCCUCCCACAGCACCAGUAGCGGGCAGAUCGCGUACCAUGACUUAGCAAGAAUGCCCUCUGAGAGUUUGAGUAACUUUUACAACACCCUUACCGGCACUUUCCGGAACCAUUGGGCCGCCCUGCCGCACAUCCAUGCUGGCCGUCGUUUGAUACUGCGCCGCCGUCUGCACCGGCGCUCCAAUCACUCCCCCCGGCGCAGCAUACAUCACCUGCCUCCCCAAGCCGCCGUCGUACGCCACCGGCGAGUACCCGGCCUGCGUGACCAUCCCAAAGCCCUCCGUAUAUCCCGCCGCCUGCGGGACCAUGUUGUGCAUCUGCAUCUGCAGCUGCGGCUGCUGGUCGCGGUAGAUCUCCGUUGGCAUCCUCGGGACUGCGUAAUAUCCCUGAGCCGGCACUCCGGCCAACGGCCUCGCAACCGGCGGCGCGUGGUACGCACUCGAUGGAGGUGGGAUCAUGUAAACCGGCUGCUCCUUGUUGACGGUGGUUGCUGCUGGGUAGAAUCCGCCGGGGACCUGGUUCUCCACCCAGUAGGGAACCCCGCCGUGAACCGUCGCCGGAGGGAGUCUCUCCGGCGCCCUGUAGUACUCGCCUCCAACGGGCAUCCCGCCGAGAUUAUCAUCACUCUUCCUUUGGUGAACUCCAUGUUGCUCCUCAAGCCUCAACCUCUGUAG